CUGUAACGUGCCCGCGAUUAUAACAGUCGGCAUUCGUAACGGUGGUGUCGAACAUAGUAUCCUAAAUGUAGCCAGAGCUUGCGAGCUAGCAUUGUGGCUAGCAGUAUAUUGUUAGUGCUUUCCUGUCGAUAACCGCUGAUUUCUUUCACCUGCAGAAAAUCGAGACAACCCUGUGUGUUCAUCUGUCAAACAAAACAUGGCUUCUUCUCUACACUGACCAUUAAAAUGGUGUAACGGUCAGAGUCUUGUGUGAAAGACGUUCUUCAGAGAACUGGAUCAACCUCCACAGAAGAUGGAGGACUCUCCUCACUUGUACUUUUCUGAAUUUGGAGAUAAUGAGGAUGUAGAGGAGGAGGAGGAGGAGGAGGAGGAGGAGGAGGAAGAGGAAGAAGAAGAAGAAGAAGGAGAAGAAGAGGAGGAGGAAGAUAUUUAUCAAGAGGAAACUAACAUGGAACCAGACAUGAUUAGGUCUCUAAACACAGAUAUUCAUAAACAUCCCAAUCAGGAUACAGAGAGAGUCUGGGACUCUUUUCCCUGCCAGCACUGUGAAAGACAUUUUACCAGCAAACAAGGCUUGGAAAGACACAUGCACAUCCACGUUUUGGCAAACAAUGAGGCACAUGCAUACAAAAGCAAUAAGAGCAACAUGUCUUUUGGUUCAAAUGUAGGUCAGCUGCAGCAUGAGAAGAUGAAGACUCUGGAUUCGGGAAGUCCAGUCAUGCAACGUCAUACUUCUUCCCCCACAAGCUCUAACACCUCCAGUUUGUCUGCUGAAGACCACAUUGCUCAGCCAGACAAACAGGGAGCAUUAGACAGCCAUCAUGCUUGCAAGUACUGUGAAAAGAUAUUCACAACAUAUACCAACAAGCGACGACAUGAGCGCAGGAUCCACGAGCAGCACCUGCAACUCCCAUCUGUAGAAAAUACCCAGAUGCCCCAGGAGGAAAGUCUUCAGAGGAUUUUCACUGAAACGUCUCAACAGGAAACACAGCUUGGUGACAAUCCAGCACCUGCAGCUGUUGAGAAUGAAGGGGAACACAUAGAACAGUACAUGCUAGAUAUCUCUAGUAAUAUUUCAGAGAAUCUCAGCUUUUACAUUGAUGGAAAGAUAGUGUCGACAAGUACAGUGAGUAGCUGUGAAGCAGCUGAGGUUCAUUCAGGGUCUUCAACUUUAGUGGGACUGGAUGCCCUGAUUCUAGACCCCACCCAAAUCAGCCAGGUUUUAAAUACAGAUUCAGUUACAGGCAAAGAGAUUCCUGGUCAACCACUGGCUAAGAGAAGAACAGCAACACCACCUCUUUUACCACAAAUAAAAACUGAACUGGAGUCUGAGGUCGUGGUGUCCUCUUCGUCAUCAUCACUUGUAUCUUCUUUAAUCGAGAAUCUACUCCCUCAGAACACAGAGUCCACAGUCGUGCAGAAAGAAAGAACAGUGUUCCUGUCUCCUAAGCUGAAGCAGCUCUUGGAGAAGCAGGACGGCCUUAAACCUACACUUGCCCUGAUCACAGAUGGCCAGAAGCCUUGUUCACCUGUCUCUCUCUCUGUCCUGCCUACUGCAACAGGAAGGUUUAAAAGAAGGACCGGAUCUCCAACAAGCUCUCCACAGCAAAAUCCAACAUCUAAUGAGGAAACACCAGCAUCAGAUACAGGCAAUUUUGAUGCUGUGAAUACAGGACAGACGGAGACUCAGCAGAUCUCACCUGUGCACCUCACAGCCAGUGAGAAGGAUGACACAACACCAUCUGUAGAGGAUCCAGCAGUGAAACCUGUCUUGACAGAGAGCUGGCCCCCCAUGACUGGUGGCAAUUCCUGUAACCAGCAACCACUGGAUCUCUCUAAUACAAUUAAAAGAAAUGAAGAUGUAGCUCUAGCUGAUGCUGUGCUGGAUUUGAGUUUGCAAAAAAAGAGCCUAGGUGAAUCUGAACUGACAUUAAAUUUAGUUUCACAAACAGCUUUAAAAGAAGAACAAACAAAUAUAUGUAUGGUGGAGGAAGCCUUAAUGAAUAUUGGAAAGCAAAAUGAAAGCCUAGGGAAUCCUGAGGCUCCUUUAGUCACAGACUUCACCAUAGUCUCAGGUUCAGAUAUGGUGACCCCAGUGGAACCUGUUGCAGAAGGUCUUGUGUAUGGACUCGCCCUACCCCCCAAUUCUCUGACUCCAUCUUCUGCCUCCCUUACCCCAGUUACCUUGCAGCCAGCUUCGCCGUGCACUAUAGCAUUUGCUUCCCCAGCCUCACACACUGUGGUCUCUACUGCUCCUUCAUUAAUCACAGUUUUGGCGCCACCACAACCUAUUUCUAACCCUUCAAGCCAACCAAUCCAGGUAUUAGCCCCAAAUAUAUCCCCUGAGCCCUUGGUAAUCUGCUCAGAAAAUGCAUUAAAUUCUUCAGAGUGUGAUUUAACUACUGCAUUUGCAACAACAAAUUCUGCAAACCUUGUCACACUCUCCCAACCCCUUGAUCCAACUUUAAAUCUACCAGGCCACAUGUUUCUCACUGAUCAGAUUGCUCUAAAUCCACCUAUAGUUGACUCCGCUCCUGUGUCUGAGGUGCCGUUCUCACCAACUGUAACUUUAAAUGACUCCCUCAUCAACUCUUAUAACAUUACCAGCAACACAGUGUUGAUCGAGUGCACAAUAGCUCUUGAAGCCCCAGGUAGUGUAGUCCCUGCUGGAAUUACCUUACAGGAAAACACUCCUGAGGCUCCAGCACCUACACAAAUGGUUGUUAAUCAUAUAGAACAGCAACAGAUUGUUUCAGUGCCCAACCCUCAAACUGUGGACCCCACUAUUCUUGUGUCCUCCAUCACAGAAUCAGUAACUCUGUCCACCACCACCACCUCAGUGGUAUCUAAUUGUCAUUCUGUGGGUGAAUCAAGUCCCAUCGCAGAACCUGUUGUUAAUGCAGAGCCACCAGGCACAAAAGAGGAAGAAGCUGCUGACAGUACUGUUUGCAUACCCGAAAUACCAUCUAACACCUCACCCCCCUCUGAGAAAGCUGAAGAGGACGAAUCCUCAAAUAACACACCAAAUGAUGCACAACAGCAGACUUUCACCAAGAAUUUCAUCUGCAAUGUGUGUGAUAAGCUUUUCCAUUCAAUGAAAGAACUAGGCCAUCAUGUAGGUGACCAUGCUGAUGAAUGGCCCUACAAAUGUGAAUUCUGCGUGCUGCUCUUUGGCAAGCCCUCUGCUUUGCUUGACCAUCGAUCAAGCCUCCACGGUGUUGGCAAGACUUAUGUUUGCAGUGCAUGUACAAAAGAAUUUGUCUACCUUUGCAAUCUGAAACAGCAUCAGGAGGAAUUACAUCCUGGCCAGCAGUGUACAUACACCGAAGAAGAAAAGGGAAAACUAAGACCUCAGAACUACAACAAUGCAACAAAGGUCAACACAGAGUCUUCAGUGCACGAUGUUCCAGAGGAACCCAAGAAAUUGGUGAAAAAGGAGGAAGGUGAAGUAGAUGUAGGUGCUGAAGAGCUGUUUACAACAAUUAAAAUCCUGGCCUCAGAUGGAGGCAAAAUCAAAGGGCCUGAUGUUCGUCUUGGCAUUAACCAGCACUAUCCCAGCUUCAAGCCUCCUCCAUUUCCUUACCAUAACAGAUCACCUGCUGGCUCAGUGGCUUCAGCCACAAACUUUACCACCCACAACAUCCCACAAACCUUUAGUACAGCUAUUCGGUGCACCAAGUGUGGAAAGAGCUUUGAUAACAUGCCAGAGCUACACAAGCAUAUCCUGGCUUGUGCAAAUGCCAGUGAUAAAAGGCGAUACACACCCAAAAAGAAUCCUAUACCUCUACGCCACUUUGCAAAAACUCAGAAUGGAGUGCUGUCGACUACAAAUUCUACUAAUGGACUAAAUGCUUCAAACAGAGCCAGCCAGUCAAACAGGUCCAAACCUAACCAAGAAUCGCCAGUAAAGAUGAAAUUCAAAGUGCUGAACAAAAGGAAGAAAAAGUUGGUCCAAAGGGUUAUGCCACAGAGGAACAAGUCAGUCUCCUCAUCAAAUAAAGUGUCGUCUGCACCAGUGCAUGAGCAGCAGGAGAUUUUUGUGUGCCCACACUGUAGCAGGGAGUUCACAAUGCGUCGCAGCAGAACCAAACACAUGGCUGUCUGCCCCAAGAAACCUAAAGAGGCAAAGAAAAGGAAAGAGGGAGGAAUCUCUGUGACAAAGGAGAAUGAUGGACACCUGCAUAGAGGUGUUUCUCAUGUUGAAGAGAAACAACAACGAGCCUCACCUCAACAUAAAACCAGAUUCCAGACUUCUGGCCCCGCUAAGAGGCCUGCCAUCCUACCAGUGCAGACUGUCUUCUCAAACAAAAGAAGUAAAAUAAUCAUAAAAGAAAGCAAGCAGCCAACACAAGAGACACAAACUCUGAAUGAACUUCCAAUUGUUCGCACUUUCAACCCCUCUAUGCGACAGUAUAGCAGAGUGCAGCAAAGUGUCAAAGGAAUUCCCAUUAAAAUCACUAUAGUGAAACCACAACAGACUGCACCACAGAAGGAUGAGCUGCCUCCUAGCCAGAGCCAAGAAGAAGAAUCCGGAGGCGUUACCAGCAGCUCUGAGCAGAGCGCUACAGCUUGAAGACUACUCCACGCCCCCCAGAGGAUCAGCAGGACGCUGCUGUAUGGCUCUCCUCAAACAUCUUCAGCCAUACUAAAGGGAGAUUACUGCUAAUCACACUGUAAACUGCAUAGAUUGCAUUAUUCUGUACAAUAACAAUGACUGAAUCCAGGACGGAUAAAACAGAUGACUGAGGACACAUCAGUGAGUGGAUGUGUAUUUGAAUGCUUUUGUAGUAGCUUGGAGUUUUGUAAAUUUCCCCUUCGUUUCAUAAACCUUCUGUCAACUGCUUGGAUUUGCACUUUGAAGUUAAUCUGACAGCUACAUGUCACACAGGUGUGUUAUUUAGAGAGGAUGACAGGUGGCAAUCAUUUUCAGCAUGCAUUUGCACUUUUCCUUAUCUGUUGUCUGUGGCCUUUUGGUUUAAACUCUUACUGCAUGCUGUCAGCUUGCACUACAGCUACAUUCAUGUGGGGUUGAUUAUGUUGCAAUUAGGCCUUAAACAAUGAAUCUAGUGUUGGUCUGAUUGACAGUUACUAGUAUAAUUACAUGGAAGACACAUUAAGAUUUGAAAUGCGAGAUUCCAGAAUCAUAGAAAAGUAACAAGCUCUAUAGUACAGUGUGACAUUGGCCACAAGCUACCUGUCUAAAUUCUGAAUAUCAGCACUGUUGAUUACUGUUAAGGAAGUCAAUGUUAUCAUUAUUCGUGUGAAUGUAAGACUUAGUAGAUUUAAUGCUAUAGCCUUUUCAAAUCAAAACUGUUUCAUUAUGUGAUUGGCCCAGUUGCUAUGUAUUUGUAUGAGAGAUUUGAGUGCUGUUUUUUUUUGUGCCAUCAGAAUUAUAUGAUGUGGCUGAAUGUGGCAUUUAAAUGAAGAGUAAACAGCUCAGUAAAGUUCAGUGUUUUCCACAUGAAUUUAUUUUGGUGGUAGUUACAUUCAACCCCACUUUAACAGAUUUAUUUGUAUAUUUGCUGAAAAUGCAGAUGUGCAGUUAAAUGUAAAAAAACUUCCCUAAAGAACAUUAGUUUGUGAAUGCAAUGCAAUGUUCCUUUGAAUGCUAAUCUCAUAUUGUAGAUUUUCAAACAAUAGGCCACCAGAAAUAAAUUCUCACCUUUGGGAAACACUGCACUUUGAUGUGUUUACACUGUAAUCCCAAACAGAAGUAAUUUACUGUUCUGUACAUCUUGGAUACAUCAUUGCAACUUUUACAAUAACAAGUGUUCAGUCUUAAACAGCACUGACACAGCUUGGCUUCAUUUCCUCUGAAAUCAUUUCCUCUGAAAUCCUCAAAUAUUUCCAGUAGUCAGGUUUUCUGUUAGGCUUUAUUUUGCACCUUUUCUACAAACCUCUGUCGAAAUCUGAUUUUGUGUGGGUCGCCCCCCCCCCCAUUUAAUGACUAAAAAUAUUCAUAUUAGAAGUACAGUCUGUUUAGGUCUUUGUCAUCAUUAGCACACAUGCACUUCAUAAUUGCUUAUAAUCUGUAUCAGUUGUCAGCAGUUCAUUGUGUGAAGUGUGUAUAAUGAAUUCCAACAUGUAUAAAUCACAAAAUGGAGAUGUUAGAUUAAUUAUGGGGUCAUUUCUGCUGAAACCCUGUAGGAACAUAUGAAAAUGUUUGUGGCAAGUUGUCACUAAUCUCAAAGAAUGAGUGUAACGCAUUGUAUCUGUAUGAUUUCAGUUUUUAUAAGCUACUAGCUUGAAGUUACAGUGCUAUACAGGGUACUUAUUUAAUCAUGAUUGAACCGAGUUAUAUUAAUUUGGACAAACUAAAACUUGACAGUGGUCUGUAUCUGAAAGAGUAAUGGUACUUCAAUUUUACAUUUUUGCCUUUUCAGCCCUCGCUGGUAACAUUUCUUUCAUUCAGACAGACUGUAAUGUGUAGGAUGUACAGGAUGGUUUGGGAGACUGUUAUUUAACUGUGAAAAGUGCUUGUAGCAUUUCGAAGUGUAAAUUGAGUCAUGUAUAUUUAUUAAUAAUUUAAAAUCACGUUAUCAAUCUUGGAACAGUUUCUCUCUAUGAUUUGCACUAAAGUUUUCUUCAAGCGAGAGUUCAAAAUAAAUGGAGAAUGUUAAGGUUAUAUGUGAAGUUUGUGUAAAGCUUUCUUUACUAAACCAACCGAGCUAAUGACAUUAUUGGAGGUGUGUGAAUUAAUAAAUAGAUUUGAUUUUGGGAAA